UUAGGCGGAGUGACCCUCGGAUAGUUUUCUCAAAAUUCCGUAUGAAUUCCUGUUUUAUUUCGCUAAUUUGAAGGCUUUAGAUGUUGUUUAAAAACAUGGAAACUGCAGGAUAAUGUAGUCUAAUCAUCGUAAAAGGAGGAAAUUAUUUCUACAGACAGUUUCUUCAAGGAGUUCUGUAGUGUGUAAUAAUGCCCCGCAUAUCGAAAGAAAAGCUGUCUAUAUUUUACUGGUAUCACAGUUUUAUUAAAUGGGUUCUUCACAUCAUUACGGGAAGGUGUGAAUUGGAGCGAAUAUGUCACAAUAUUAAAUGUCGUGUUACCUGCAAUUUUAGAGUUGAAAAUUCCCUAAAAAAUUCAAAAUCAAAGCCCCUGAGUGAUAUUCUCACUUCAGUUAACAUCGAUGUUAAAAGCUCAGUACAACAUGUGCUAACUACGAAAAAGAUCAAACCUGAGGAAAAUCUAGUAUUCAUCGACAGAUUCACAAAAUCGUUGACCCAAAUUUGCGGCUAUAUCGAUCUUAUUGAUAUUGUUGAAAAGAAAAAAAAUGUAGCGUUUUCCAGUGAAAACAAGGAGCACGAAGAGAAAUUAUUACAGUUAUGGUCGUUGUUGAUGCCAAGUACCACAUUAGAAAGUCGAAUUUCAUCGCAGUGGGGAGAGAUAGGGUUCCAGGGAAAAAAUCCACAGACUGAUUUCAGAGGAAUGGGAAUUCUUGGAUUAGAAAAUCUUCUGUAUUUUGCUAAGAAUCAAAAUGACGCUGCUAGAAAAGUGUUAUCAGAGUCCCACCAUCCAAAAUAUUGGUAUUCCUAUGCCAUAGUCGGUAUAAAUAUCACCGCUUUGUCCGUCGAUUUGCUGAAAUCUGGAGAUUUUAAACCUCACUUCUACAAUAUAACAACCGAGAAACCCACACUGGAUGAUUUUCACAAAGUUUACUGUUGUUUAUUUCGUGAAUUUAGUUCAUUCUGGUUGGAGCAGAAGCCGGCCUCUGUUAUGGAAUUUAAUCGAAUAAAAGACGCAUUUUGUAAGAAUCUUAUUUCCAGUCUUCAAGAUCCAGCAGCGGUUCUAGCCGUGGACGCUAAGUGUGCUGAUGUCGACACUACCUCAGUGAAAUCUUUUACAUCUCAGGAUUUUGACUAACAAACCAUGUCAUAGUAUUUCAUGGUAUUUUCCGUAAGUCUCCGUGCAUGUUGUUUCCUAUUAAUUCGAAAAACUAGAUCAAUCUGUUUCCCCAUCCCAGUGAACAUCAAUUGCCCAUGGUCUGGCAUCAUCAUCAUCUGUUUUGCAUAUUAAUUUAUUUUGUCAAUGAGGUCGAAAUUAGUGGAUGCCCUUAUUCUGGGAAGACGAGUCGAAUUAUCGAUGUACCGGCAAAUCUGUAGCGAAUAUAUUCUCAAUGCCUGAAUGGAAGCCAAAGGUUUCGCACAUUAUCUGCGUAUAUGAUAAUGUUUAAUAACGAUCUUAAAAAUAUAGGAAAUCUUUAAUGAAGAACUAAUUUUAAACAAUAUAUUGUAGAGCAAAACAAUUUUGUAGUUGUUCGUUAAAAUUUAUCUCAAGAGCUUCAACCCUGACGGAACGCGGGUUGAACCCCAUGCAACCCCGCAACCCAGGCUCUUCACCUAGGCCCUCCCCCCCGCUGCGGGGGCAGUAACCUAGAUAAAAAGCCUAACUUGCGCGGUUGCUAGAACUCCUGCCUAUAGGUCUGAAAUGGGGGAUAAAUAGGUAGCACGCACGCACUUCUUUCUACUUCAUACAAGCUUCUUCAUUUGAUUUUCAUAUCAGAAUUGCAUGUGUAUAAUUGAACUCGACGCUAUAAGCGUAACCCCUGUGGUCUUUUGACCAUUAUAAAAAGUCCGUGUUGUCGGGGUCGGUACGUCCCUAUAUGAACAAGCUUUGCUAUUGGUUGAUGAUAACAAUAAAACACAAUGAACUAUAUAGAAAUUGAUUUCUAACACUGUUCACUAUUGUUACAAAAAGGGCAAUCACAAAACUCGUUCAUAUUAGGUAGAUACUUAAGGCGGUGUUACACUAUGCAACUUUCCUUGCAACUUGCAAUGCAAUUCUACUCCUGAGGCAU